CCAACUAUGUGGGCAUGGACUUCUUCCUGAAGAGCUUCCCGGGACAGGGGCCCACGGCGGAGGCGGCGGAGGCGGGCGAGUACCUGGACGAGUUCGAGGGCGAGGCCACCGUCCAGGUGGACUGGGCCCGGAAGAGCGUCUCCUGGAACCUCCCCGAAAUCGCCCACUUCUUCCCUUUCGAGGCCGCGCAGGCCCUGGGCAGCUUCUCCGUGGACAAGAAGAACCUGGAGAUCUUAAUGAAGCUCAGCAACGGGACGCGCGGCCAGAACGCUGCCCCUUCGGCCAAGGUGUUCCCUGAAGACCCUGUGGAGCUGGGAGACCCCAACGUCCUCAUCUGCUUCAUGGACCGGUUCUUCCCUCCAGUGCUGAACGUGACCUGGCUGAAGAAUGGGGAGGUGGUCUCCGAGGGGGUGAAGGAGACGGGCUUCCUCCCCAGUGAAGAUAACGCCUUCUCCAAGUUCUCCUACCUGCCCUUCGUCCCAGAAGAUGGAGACUUCUACACUUGCCGAGUGGAGCACUGGGGGCUGGAAGGGCCCCUGACCACAAUAUGGGAGUCCAAGGGGCCCGUUCCACUCCCGGAGACGUCCGAGAACGUGCUCUGCGGCCUGGGCCUGGCCAUCGGCAUCCUGGGCAUCAUCGUGGGCACCGUCCUCUUCUUCAAGGCCAUGGGGAUGACCGAGCGCAACAGCCGCAGCAGACGGAGAGGCGUCCAGUGAGAAAGAGGGGAGCUCCUUUCCCUGCAACAGCCUCCGCAAUGACCUCCCCUAAUUUGCCGCUCUCGCUAUCACAUCUAAGGCCAGCUUCCCUGCCGCCAUCAGCCGCAAGAGCCCCCCAUUUCCUCAGUCCUGACUCCCCCAUAGAACCCCACUGGGAACCCAAACCAAAGAGACUAGAUGCAGCCAACUCGGUCCUCCACCAGUAUGUAUCCAUCCAUCCAUCCAUCCAUCUGGCAACCAGCAACUGAUGCAUUCCAGCAUCAGCCAAAGAAGUAAACCUAUAUGAUGGCUGAGAUUGGUUGCUCUUCUUCUGUGCCUUCAAGCUGUUUCUGAGUUUGCUUCACCUUUUGGGUAAUAUUUCCUCAGAGGAGGUUUGUCGUUGCCUUCCUCUGAGGCUGAAAGAGUGUGACUUGCCCAGGGCCACAUAGUGGGCUUCCAUGGCCAAGUGGGAUCCACACCCUAGUCUCCAGAGUCCUAUCCCAGCACUCCCAAUGCCCAUUAAUACCUCCGUCCAGGCCUUUGGGAGAGGGCCUUUCCCAGUUCUGCGUAUCCCUGAGGGAACUCUCUCCUCUCAUUCAACCAGAAGGAGAAGGAGACACCCAGCUGAUUUGGUGAAGCGACAAUUGUAGAGAGACCCUAAAACCUCUAGAGCUUUUGCCUUCUAUUGCUCUUCCAGACUGAUUUUGCAAAAUCCUAACCUUGCCUAUUAUGCAUGUGUUUUAAAAGAGCUUUAAUGGCAUACUUACCAUCUGUACUGUUUUAAAUCUGUUAGAUGGCUUUUACUGUGCACCUUUGGGUAAACAGGUGGUGAAUGAAUAAAUACAUAGUUGGAU